ACACAAAACAGAAUUACUUGAUGGCCUUAUCAUAUUUAUUACGAAACGUUCCAAAACAAGUUUUAAUUGGUGACCUUCCUUCGUUAUUUCCUUUGCUCAUACACUCUCUAUCAUUGGCCGAUUCCAAUUUGAGAGCAUCGACCAUUGACACAUUUUAUAUUAUUUCGUUUGAUGUACCACAUAUAAUAUCUGAACAUAUUUCCUCAUUAAUACCCUUAUUAUUGUCACUAGCACAAAUGUCAGACAUUAAUACAAUGAUUCCGGGAAAUCACGUGACAGCACCUUUGGGGACAAACACUCCAAAAUGGCAAUUUUACUUAUUACAUGGACCACCACUUUUUGCUAAAUUUGCGAUGCCAUUGCUGGUUGAAAAAUUAGCUUCUGAUUCUAGUAAUGCUAAGAAAGAUUCCAUGGUGGCAUUAAAAGCAUGUGCCCCAGUGUAUGGAUUAAGUGCCAUUGUUCCUCAUCUUGAAAAUUUGUGGGAUUAUUUAAAAGAUGAAAUAAUAAACGCUACAAAUGAUUCAUUUGAACUUAUUGCUCUUGAAGCUAUCCAAAGCAUUGCCGAGACUUUAUCAACAGAUGAAAUAGAAAAUCUAGACCACCUGCAACAAUUUCUAAAGAAUGUUAUCACUGAAUGUUUAGAAAACCUUAAAAACUCUGAAUUAAAAUUAGCAAAGCCUUGCGGAAAGAUAUUAAAAUACUGUGCAAUGACAUCUGAUCCGGCGUGUAAUAUCAUUAUCUCUGCGACAUUAAAGAAUUUCAUAAUCCAAUAUAGAACUAGCGAUUUGGCUACUCGAAAGAAGGGUAUCCUUGAAAUAUUGGUAGAAUUUAUUGCUGCUGUUCGAUAUCUUUACGGUUCUAUUGAAAAUGCUCCAAAUAUCAAAGACCAAAAUUUUGUAAUGCCAUUGGCGCCGUAUAAAGAUGAUAUGUUGGACGUUUUCAGUUCAGCACUUUUAGGAAUCAAUGAAUAUAAUGAGCUACGACUAUGUGGUCUGCGAGGAUUGCAUGAUAUGAUUUUAUUGAAUAACUUUCUUUCUGAUAAUGAAAUAGGAUUAAUUCUACAAUAUUUUAAUAAAAUCAUUCUUGACGAGCAAGAUCAGGACAUUGUAUCGCCAGCUUUAGAAUAUUUGGGAAAUAUCGCACAUUACAAACCGAAAAUUGUAUUAGAUGUCACGCUUCCCAUAUUUGUGUCUAAACUUCCAAACAUUGGUGAUGUUAUAAACAAGGGGUCUUACACAAACUAUAAUAAAAUUUUAGACUCUAUCUCCAAAAUAUCGGCCGAACCAAUAUUAUUUGAGGCUUUAGUACCUGAAAUCCUUGCAAAAUUGAACAAUGUCCUUUCACCUUUAUCUAGUACGAAUUGCGACUAUACUGAAGCAAUUCUACAGGCACUUCAUACUAUAUUUCUAAAGAAAUUGUCUUUAAGUCACACUGAUAUUUCGCGUUAUGUGAAUAUCAUUAUACCGCAUCUUCUUGCUAGAUGUAUAGAACCUACCUUAA